UUAUAACUAUUCUACCAUCCCUAGUUCAGACCACGAGCAGACCGUACAAAAAUAAUAAAAUAUAAAAUAUGUUUCGACCUGAGGAGCAUGGGCUAGAGCCCGAUUUUCAAUUAACUAAAUUCACAACGCACACCGGAUGAAGUUGUAAAAUCCCCCAAAAAGAACUGGAAAAGUAUCUUAGGGGAACGGAAAUAGCGAAUAAAAACAACGAUGGAUACCAUAUCGGCUCUGGAAUGGACUGUGCAGUUAUACCACUAAAUCAGCAUAAAGAAUUACUACUUGUUCAAACCGUGGAUUUCUUUUAUCCCAUGGUAAACGACCCGGAAAUUUUGGGUCGCAUUGCUCUAGCCAAUGUUUUGAGCGAUGUGUUUGCCGUUGGUGUGACGGACUUUGACUCAGUGGAAAUGAUCCUUAGCACAUCGACAAGCUUUACGGACACUGAACGAGACGUAGUCAUUUCACUAAUCAUGAAGGGUUUCCAGGACUCCUUGAAAAGCAAUGGCUAUAGAAACACUCCAUUGAUUAUCAGGCAACUGAAGAUCAACCCCUGGUGUAUUGUGGGUGGCAUUGCGACGUCUGUCUGCAAAAAUAGGGAAAUAAUUUUACCCUCCAAUGCUCAACCUGGCGAUGUUUUGGUACUUACAAAGCCCCUAGGCGGUCAGAUGGCAAUGGAUGCUCAUCUCUGGCAAUUAAAUAAAACGGAGAAAUACAAAACCCUCAUGUCCGAGUUCAAUGACGACGAUAUCAAGGAAACGUUUGAAAUAGCAGUUAAAUCAAUGACAUAUUUAAACAAAAAUGCCGCCCUGCUGAUGCACAAAUAUCAGGCUCAUUGUGCCACCGAUGUCACUGGUUUCGGUUUAUUGGGUCACGCCAAAAAUCUAGCAGAAUAUCAAAAGGAAAAGGUUUUGUUCAAAGUUGAGAAGUUGCCGAUUAUCAAAAAUGUCUUGAAAUUCAGUUCCUUGAUUGGCCAAAGUACAAAGUUUCGUUCUGGGCGAUCAGUUGAAACGUCUGGCGGCCUAUUGAUGUGCCUUUCUCCCGAUUCUGCCGACCAAUUUUGCCAGGAGUUUGAUCAAGUCACCAAAGGAGCUCAAAAGUGCUUUAAAAUUGGUUACGUAGUGCACGCUGAAAAUGAGUCCGAUGCUGUUUUAUGUGAUAAUGUCGAUUAUAUUGAAGUCACCCUUUAGUCGAAUGGAAAAAAAAUGAAAUGGAAAUGAAAAUGGAAUAAUUGAUUAUUCAGCUUAUGAUGAAUAUUUCAUAAAGGUUUUUAAGCUUGGAAAUAUUCUGAUCUUUAUUGUAC